AGCACCAGCUGAGACGCAAAACAGUUCAGUAAUCACUAAAUUUUCAAGUGGAUUUAAUGUGAAAGUAAAAUGGAAGUGUCGUUGAAGAUCAAUGGAUUGGAUUUUAAAGUAAAUCCUCGAGAGUGUCCGUUAGGAACAUCCCUUAACACCUUCAUCAGAAAACAUGCAAAUCUCACAGGAACAAAAUCGAUGUGCCUGGAGGGUGGCUGUGGUGUUUGCAUGGUAAUUGCAAUGGGACAUCAUCCAGUAACUGGGAAGAAAUGGAUUGGUGCUGUAAAUUCGUGCCUGAUGCCCGUGUUUUCCUGUCAUGGUCUCGAAGUUAUUACAGUAGAAGGCAUAGGAGGACGUGCAGAUGGAUAUCAUGCAAUUCAGGCUCGACUAGCCAAAAUGAAUGGCACCCAAUGUGGUUACUGUUCACCUGGAAUGGUAAUGAGCAUGCUGGGGCUCCUAGAAAGUCGACAGGGACGUGUCGCAAUGGCAGACAUUGAAGCUCAAUUGGGAGGAAAUAUUUGUCGAUGUACUGGAUAUCGACCUAUCCUGGAUGCCUUCAAAUCUUUGGCGGAUGAUGCAAAUCCUUGUUUAACUGCAGCCUGCGCUGACAUUGAAAAUCUACCACGAAUGUGCCCUAAAACUAAAGACUUCUGCCAAGAAAAUUGCAAUAAAUCUUCUCAAAAACUCUUGUUGGAAUUUCCUGAUGGCGGGAAAUGGUACAGAGUUCAAGAAAUUAAGGAAAUUUUUGAAACCUUUAAUUUUACCAAAGAACAAAAUAUUAUGGUAAUUGCUGGAAAUACGGGCCAUGGAAUUUACAGAAGAGAUUCAAAUGUUUCUGUGUUUGUCGAUAUUCGGGAUGUUAAGGAAUUCCGAGAGUAUUCCAUUGGGAAUACCAUCGAAUUGGGAUCCUCAGUUACCCUCGCAGAAAUGAUAAAUAUCCUUAAAGAGGCUGCAGAUAAAAGCUCAUCUUUUCUGUAUUGCCGCGAGCUGGCUAAUCAUAUGCAAUCCAUUGCAAGUCCUUCAAUAAGAAACAUAGCAACAGUUGCUGGGAAUUUAGUGCUGAAGCAUCAACAUCCAGAAUUUUCCUCAGAUAUUUUCCUGAUGAUUGAAUGUAUUGGAGGAAGAGUCGAAAUUGCAGAAAGUAAAAGCUUGAGAAAAACUCUGAAUUUGUUGGAAUUUCUAAACACUAAAAUGGAAGGAAAAAUAGUGACAAAAGUCAUUUUACCACCCCACGAUCCUUCGACAAAAAUUAAAAUGUUUAAAAUUAUGCAAAGAGCACAAAAUUCUAAAGCUCUGAUGAAUGCUGGCUUCCUGGUGAAAUUAUCCAAAAACGAUGUGGUACAUUCCGCUUCAAUUUGUUUCGGAUGCAUCAAUGAAUCUUUCAUUCACUCUAAACAAUUGGAAAAGCAUCUAUUAGGAAAACAAAUCUCCUCCAAUGAGACUCUUCAGUCCUCUUUACAAAUUCUCGAUGAAGAACUAAAAGUCAUAGGAAAUUCAUUUGGUACUGAUCCGCAGUAUCGGAAAUUGCUCGCCAAGGGGAUCUUUUAUCGAUAUAUUUUGAGUAUAUUGCCUCAAGAUAAGAUAUCAGAGAAGAACUUAAGUGGCGCAUUAGCGACUGAAAGACUAUUGUCAAGUGGUCAGCAAACAUUUAAGAAAUCCCCGGAAAGGUUUCCAAUUACGGAUGCUAUUCCGAAAUGGGAGGGUCUCAUCCAGACUGCAGGAGAAGCUAAAUAUGCCAAUGAUCUACCUCCUCAACCAGGAGAACUUUGGGGAGCUUUCGUGCAAGCACGGAAAGUUAAUGCAAUCAUCAAAAAAAUUGAUCCAUCACAAGCUUUAAGCAUCCCUGGAGUACAUUCAUUCUUUUCAGCAAAAGAUAUUCCGGGAACUAAUAACUUUGCUCCUGCUAAAAUUGGCGAAGACUUGGUGGAAAAUGAAGAAAUCUUAUGUAGUGGAAAAGUUCUGUUUAAUGGACAACCAGCAGGCAUUAUUCUAGCUAAGACCUUUGAUCUUGCCCAGAAAGCUGCAAGUCUUGUGGAAAUUCAUUACGAAGAAACUGGUGAGAAAAUUCUACCAACAAUUUGGGACGUACUUCGUGAAAACGCUACUGAGAGAAUCCGUGACGAUCCCACAAAGAAAGUGGCCAAAUCUUACGGAAAUGAUACAAAAUUGAAGAUAUCCGGUCACUGGGAGUCUGGGAGUCAAUAUCAUUUCACCAUGGAACCUCAAACGUGUAUUUGUAUUCCUACUGAAACAGGCCUAGAAGUUCAUUCAUCAACACAGUUUAUGGAUUUAAUUCAAGUUGCCAUUUCAGAUGCCCUUAAGAUUCCCGAAAGCUCAAUCCAUAUGAUCGUCCGACGCCUUGGAGGAGCUUUUGGAUCGAGAAUUUCUCGUGGAUCACAAAUAGCUUGUGCUGCUGCUUUGGCCAGCUAUCACACAAAUCGUCCAGUUCGUUUAGUACUACCAUUGGAAGUUAAUAUGGAGAUUAUUGGGAAGAGAUAUCCAUGUAUCGGUGACUAUGUAGCAGAAGUUGACACCGAUGGAAAGAUACAAAGGCUCACGAACGAUUUUAUGCAGGACUUCGGAUGUUCACUGAAUGAAUCAGUUAUUUGGCUAUCUAUGCAGUGGUUUAGUAACUGCUAUGAUGAUCAGUCUUGGGAUGUUACAGCAAAAUCUGUUAUUACUAAUGCACCAAGUAAUACGUAUUGCCGUGCUCCAGGUAUAAUCGAGGGUAUGGCAAUGAUUGAGAACAUCAUGGAGCAUAUUGCAAAAAAGACAGGCUUAGAUCCACUUGAUGUUCGCCUAGCAAAUAUGCCUAAGGAUUCACCGAUGAGAGAAAUUCUCUUAGAAUUUGUAAAAUCCACUGAAUAUGGUACCCGGAAAAGGCAAAUAGAGAUCUUUAAUAGUAACAAUCGCUGGAAGAAACGUGGUAUUUCUGUCGUUCCAAUGAAAUACCCUCAGAUGUUUUUUGGCACACUUCCUGCCAUGGUUUCUGUCUAUCACGGUGACGGAACAGUAGCUAUAUGCCACGGAGGAAUUGAAAUGGGACAGGGCCUAAACACCAAGGCUGCUCAAGUGGCUUCCAAGAUAUUAGGAGUACCACUUUCAUCAAUUGUCUUUCGCCCUGUUGAUAACAUGACCUCUGCCAAUUGCACAGUAAGUGGAGCAAGUUCAACUAGUGAAGGCAUUUGUCUCUCCGUACUGCGAGCUUGUGAGAAGAUUCUCAAAAGAAUACAUCCUGUUCGAGAAGAAAUGCCAGAAGCAUCCUGGCAAGAUAUAGUGCAAGAGUGCUUUCUGAGAAACAUAGAUUUAACAGCGCUGUAUGUUUAUACAGCCAAAGAGAUUCAAAACUAUGAUGUUUGGGGCGUAACAUCCACUGAAGUGGAAGUGGAUGUCCUUACAGGAUGUGUUCAGAUACGACGAGUAGACAUUCUUGAGGAUACAGGAGAAAGUUUAAAUCCAUUAGUUGAUGUAGGGCAAAUUGAGGGUUCUUUUGUCAUGGGCAUAGGAUAUUGGCUUCAUGAGGAAAUUAUCUACAAUUCUGAGGAUGGUAAACUAAUUACAAACCGCACCUGGAACUACAAACCACCUGGAGCUAAAGACAUUCCUAUGGACUUCAGAGUAACGUUUCUGCAAAAGCCCAAUCCCAAUUAUGUUCUGAAAUCCAAAGCUACUGGAGAACCCGCAUUAGCCAUGACCUCUGUAAUCAUGUUUGCCGUACGCGAGGCUCUUUAUUCAGCAAGAAGAGAUGCAGGAUUAUCCGAAGAAUGGUGCGAACUAGGAGCCCCUUCAACUCCUGAAAAAAUAUUACUCAAGGCAGGGACACAACAUAAUGACUUUACUAUCUAAAACAAACUUUUUUUUUUAAACUAUUUAUAAAUACAAUUCUUAAUACUAUGAUAUUCCAAAGCACAUCUCACUUUUUGUAAUGUACAAACAUUUGGCAUAUAUAAUACAGAGGAUUUCCGAUCAAAAAUAUGUAAUAUAUUGUUUUAAAAUGUAAAACAAUUUCAGACCAGACCAUGCAAGUAGUUCCACAUCAAUAACUUUAAUACAUUUCAGUGAAAUCACACUUCGCAAAAAAAUCUAAAUGUGCACCAGUUGGUAUAAGAUAGUCAACCAGUGUAAAUCGAAGAAUAAUGGGAUCUAAUCAAGGGAAGCAGCUAGAUAGUCCAAUAGAAUUAAGUUCUUGUAAGGAUUUACAGUUCAGGAUCAACGAGAAGAAUUAUUGUGGUAUAAACUUGUUUCAAUGAAAAGAAAGUGAAUAAAUUUAUAUCAAAUUA